CACAGUUUUACGUGUAGCACCAUUUGAAGCAGACAACCACGGUAGAGAAUUUGUGUUCGCAAUACCACCAAAUUACGUUGGUGAUCUGAGUCGACCUACUGUUGGCAUAAUGGUAAUGGCCGCUUCAGCCAACGUCACUUCCGUUACGGUCACAGUGCCCUUGAGGAAUGUGGGUUUCAACUUCUCCGUGGAACCUGGAUCUGCACCAUAUGACCUUGUGCUUUCUCCCGACCUUGCCGGCACAACCGGUGAAGCAAGGGUAGCAAACACUACAAUUGUAGUGAGGUCUGACUAUGAUGUCUCAGUAUCAGCUUACAAUUACAAAGCUUACACCAUGGCGAUGUUCGCUGUGAUACCCACCAAGCAUAUGGGAAAGGAAUACUUUAUCGCGACUGUAACCCAACCAAGUGGGGGCGUUGUUUUGAUGUCAGCAUUUGACGAACCCACAGAGGUGUCUAUAACACUAACUGGUAGUGUUGGAUUUGAUGGCCAAUGGUAUUCUCCUGGAAGUGUACUUGUAUAUGUCUUGAAGCCAUAUCAAACAUUCCAACUUGAACCCCUGCGUGACGAUAUCAUCGGAACAAGGAUAACAGCUAAUGCAUCGAUUACGGUGACCAGUGGGGGUCUUUGUUCUUUCGUGCCAAAUAACAAUGGCCGUUGCGACCAAAUUGCUGAACAGCUAAUAUCCUUCGACCGCUGGGGACAUUCAUUUCUGCUGAGCCCGUUCGUCAAUCGGCUGUCCGGAUACCAAUACCAAAUCGUUGCCGGUAGGGACAACACGAGAAUAUCUCUUGGGUCUCACGAAAUAGUCCUGAACAUGGGAGAGCAUUAUCUAGGGGGAGUUACCAGUCAGAUCAUGACUUCGGUAUCGGCAUCCAACCCGGUGAUGGUAAUGCAAUACUCCAAAGGAACGACCACAGACCUAAAGCAGGGUGAUCCAGCAAUGCUCUUAGUCACCCCUUGGGAGCAAUAUGUUUCACAUGUGGAAUUUCCUGUAUUGGACCUCCCCGCAGCAGGGAUAUCUACUGUAUAUGUCGGUGUGAUAUCUGAAUGCAAUGCAUCUCAGAACAUAGAGUUUGGCAACCAUAAAUAUAAUGAGGUCCCAUGGAUCAUCGAGUACGAUUACGUAACAAGCGACAACCGACAGAUCUGCAAUCGUUGGGCAACCGUAGAGGGCGGUAGUCAUGUAUUUCAAAGUGUUUCAGCAGAGGAGGCAUUAUUUACUGUCAUCGUUUACGGGGUUGGAGAACGCUUGGGUUACCUGUACAAUGCCGGUUUUAGUAUGCAUCCAAUAACAUGCAUCGAUCUGAGUCCUGCACCACCACACCAGGCUGUUGAAGUACCCUGUUCAAGUCUGCGCAGAAGGACAUGUCCUUGGGAAAGAACUGAGUCAUUUCAUGGACCGCUAAUAUGGAGUGAAGCCACCGAGAAUACCAGAGUUCCAUCAAAUGUUGUAUGUCCAUUCAACACUCUUAAAGCUGGCCAACCGGUAGCAGAACGACAAUGCCAUGGUAACCGUAGAAAGGAUGCCUAUUGGGGAGAAGUGAGUGUACAAGAGUGUGGAGAACGCACAGCUGAGAUACAACCAACAGACCUUGCAAAGAUCGUAGUCGAUGAGGCUAACGUAGCAUUGGUCAGUGCCGUCUUGGAGGAAGUCAUCGGUAACAUCAGCACUGCUGAUGACGAAAUGGUUGGUGCUAUUUCCAAGACGCUGGAGAACAUCGUCGCUGUGGCUUCUCCAUCACCUCAGGUAACCACAAGCGUGGUCAAUGCAGUGGGUAGCCUGAUUGGCUCUCUCGAAGACUCUGAGUCCAGUAGUCCAGAGCUGGCCGCAUCGUCCUCCAGCGUAGUGACUUCGGUCGAAAAACAAGUGUCUCUAACCCUGCAAGAUCGUGAUGAGUUCAUGUUGACAGCAGAGAAUAUGAUCGUCCAGGCGGCAACAUUUGAUAAUGCUGCCAUGGGGAAUGGGAUCGAGUUUGGCGGUGGUGGCGAAGCGGAUUCAAUGGCUUCUAUUCAGCUACCUUCUUCCAUCUUCAGGCAAGCGGGGCCAAGUGUUGAAGGUAUUCAGAGCACAGGGACCAAGGUUCGGUUCAUAACUUUCAACGGAGACUCACUCUUUAGAUCGGCCAAUGGAUCGCAGACAAGUGGCAGCGUAAUAUCAGCAGCAAUUGAAAAUAUGGAUGUACAGGGCCUUACCGAACCAGUGGUUAUCACCUUCAAUGCACGUAAUUCAGUUGGAGGAAACAGUACUUUGAACCAAUCACGAUGCGUCUACUGGGAUUUUGAUUUAAGAAACGGUGUUGGUGAUUGGUCAGACGCAGGAUGCAAUCUUACUGACGUCAGAGGAGAUUUUAUUACCUGUUCGUGUAAUCAUUUAACCAACUUUGCCGUUUUGGUGGAUAUAUCUGGCCAGCAUGAAGUUAAAAAGGAUCAGUUUUACUUUGCUCUAGAUCUCCUCAGUAAGAUCGGGUGUGCAGUAUCAAUCGCAUCACUUGUACUGACUAUCAUUGUUUUCCUAGUUUUCAAACGUCUACGAAAUAGCCGACCCCGUCGAAUCCUUCUCCAUUUCUGUGUGUCCAUGCUCUGUCUCUACCUUGUGUUCCUCUUUGGUAUCGACUUCGCAGCACACAUUGACAUUGCAUGCGUGACCGUGGGGGCGCUUCUCCACUACUUCAUGCUCGCAACCGUGUUGUGGAUGGGCGCGGAGGCACUCAACAUGUACGUGAUGAUCGUACGUGUAUUCGACGAAGAAGGCCCGUGUUUUCUAACCAAGGCUUGUGUGAUAGCUUGGGGUGGUCCAUUGGUUGCAGUAGGGGUUACCCUUGGUCUUCGAAUGGAAGACUAUCUUCAUAAAUCAUAUUGUUUCCUGACCCCUGGACUGAGUUUCUACCUAGGGCUCCUCCUUCCUGUUGGGCUCACCAUAUCUUUCAACUUCAUCAUGUUCUUUGUCGUCAUUCGACGGCUAUGGACCGCUAACCUCGGUGGCAACGUUCCGCUGGAGAAAGAGGAUAAAACGGCCCGUUAUCGUCAACUCCGCACCAGACUGCUGAACGCUUUCUCAAUAUCGGUGCUACUCGGGCUAACCUGGGUGUUCGGAUUCUUGGCAAUAGAGGAUGCUACGUAUGUUUUCCAGCUUAUCUUCUGUGUCGCAAACUCAUUACAAGGUCUCAUGGUCUUCAUACUCUUCUGUGCGCGACAGGAUGAUGUCCGAAAAUCAAUAAAACCGCACUACAGUCGGAUUACCGGCAUGCUUCCACUGACCGGCCGACCAAGCACGAUGACCAAUUACUCACUGACCAGCCGCUCACCGGGCGAGAGCGAUGAACAUGGAAGAAAUCCGCUACGAACAGCGCCACUAUCAGCUGGAGCAUAUACUCGCAAAAUGGCGUCAUCGUCAACUGAUGAAGUUAGGAUGAUCUCGAAUAGUGAUCACAUCAGUGAGUUCCACGAUUAGACUUAUAAAUACAUGAAUGGAAGGAAAUUGACCCACUGAAGAAACACAUCCUCAAUGUGUGCUAUGAAGAGAGAGACUUGGCCAAACUGUUGAUUUGACCAGGAUGUGUAAGAUGAUGUUGAAAUACUUGCAAGCCUUCAUAUCUAUUGGUCCGGCUUGGAUUUCCGUCAUGUUAACCUCCGCCAGAUGAUGUUGACUUGCAGAAAGAACUGUGAUCAAUGCCCUCAUGAAUACUUAACUAAUGUCAUGUUUGAAGUGAAAUAUACAUGUUUUCAUCAUGAUUCAUGAGAUCCUUGCUGUAAUUCUCGCUAUGUAGGAUUUCAUAAUCAUAUAUUGUACCCGAGCACUUUGAUAACAAAAUAUAGUAUUCAUGGUACUGCAGCACGUUGAAGGCUUAUUUACACAAAAAUACAAAUCUUAGAGGUGAAGAAUAGUUACCUGCCUAUUAAUGGAUUAGAAAAUUGAAAUAGCCAUCCACUAUCAUUGACGAGUUUUAUGGCAGCAGAACAAGAAUCCUCUUGUUGCACCUAUAAAUGUUUUUAACAGAAAUAUGGCGCAAUAAAAAUGCUGUGGAUCAUCAUCAUCACCGACAAGACAGUUGAUCGUUUAUUGCUUCGCCAGACAUUUAGACCUUCUCAUCAUUUGAACUCACUGCAACCAGACGCUUCACUUUGUACUACAAACAAGUGAUUUUGAUACUUGAUUUGAGGUAUUUUACGUUCGAAUGGCAGGGACAUUUUUACUACGGACCCCCUGUGGCUAGUAAGUUUGAAAUAAACCAAACGAAAUUACUUGUUGAAUUCUAAUCUCAAUGAGAAAAGUUGACAAAGUAUGCAAAUUUUGAUGAAUAACUCUGAGAUAUUGAUGGUGAAGUUUACGAUAAAGUAUUUUUUUGAAAAAUCUCUAUUUUUAUUUUAUUCAUUUUCCACCAAUUAAUCAAAUACAAACAAAUAAUUCAUUCUGAAAUAGUAUAAAAUAAAU